CUCCGUACAGCAGGGGCGGGUUGUCAAAGUCUUAAAGAAUAACUCAUUGAUCAACAUCCAACAGGACGGAGUUGGUCUCGCAAACCCAGUCAACUUGUUCGUUUUGUUCAUUUAUCGCCUGUUUCUGUGUUUGGACGACUGACCAGGGCAGCUGCAAUGUGGAUCCAAGUGCGAACAAUGGAUGGGAAGGAAACCCACAGGGUGGAUAGCCUGUCAAAACUCACCAAGGUGGAUGAGCUGCGCCUGAAAAUUGAGGAACUUUUCAAGGUGGAGCCAGAGAGGCAGAGACUAUUCUACCGGGGCAAACAGAUGGAGGAUGGCCACACAAUAUUCGACUAUAAUGUGGGCUUGAAUGACAUCGUGCAGCUGCUUGUCCGACAGAAACUGCCCGAAAGUGAUGUUGCCAAGAUCAAGGACAAAGAAGCCGAGCUCUCUGAUUCAGAUUCUGGCUGUGGCUCAACUCAGAGUGAAUCAGACAAAAACUCCACUCACGGCGAGGUCGAAGGUCAGAGCGCUGGCACUUCAGCUCCAGUGAACACGGCUGAGCUUAUUGAUCCGGGACUGGGAUUAUACAAGAUCAACGAGUUGGUGGACGCCAGGGACUUGAACAUGGGUGCGUGGUUUGAGGCCCAAAUUGUGAACGUUACAAAGGCUCCAAAGACUCCGAAGGAUGAGGGAGCUGAGUCACAGCCAGAGGAAGAUGAAGUCCUCUACCAUGUGAAAUAUGAAGACUACCCAGAGAACGGCGUGAUUGAACUGCUGGGGAAAGAUGUCCGUCCAAGGGCCCGGACUGUGUACCAGUGGCACCAGCUGGAGCCUGGCAUGGUUGUCAUGGUCAACUUCAACCCGGAUGACCCAAAAGAGCGGGGUUACUGGUAUGAUGCUGAGAUUCAGAGGAAGAGGGAGACGCGAACAAUCCGAGAGAUUUACGGCAAGAUAUUGCUUGGCGAUGCUGGUGACUCCCUUAAUGACUGCCGGAUCAUGUUCAUCACUGAAAUCUACAAAAUCGAAGAGCCGGGCUCACCAAGUGAAGCAGCAGCAGGACCAGAAAGCCCUCUUAAAAGAUCAAAUGGACCCGAAUGCAAGCACUGCAAAGACGACCCAAAGAAAACCUGCCGCUGGUGUAACUGUCACAUCUGUGGGAUCAAGCAGGAUCCUGACAAGCAGCUGUUGUGUGAUGAAUGUGACAUGGCCUACCACACCUACUGUCUGAAUCCUCCACUGACCACUAUCCCUGAUGACGAGGACUGGUACUGCCCUGGAUGUCGCAACGACUCGAACGAGGUGGUCCGCGCUGGAGAGAAGCUAAAAGAGAGCAAGAAGAAGGCCAAGAUGGCUUCUGCCAGCUCAUCUAGUCAGAGAGACUGGGGGAAGGGUAUGGCAUGUGUUGGUCGCACCAAGCAGUGCACCAUCGUCCCAUCCAACCACUAUGGACCGAUCCCUGGCGUACCUGUCGGGUCUCUUUGGAAGUUCCGCGUGCAGGUGAGCGAGUCUGGAGUCCACAGGCCACAUGUAGCUGGAAUUCACGGGCGGAGCACUGAUGGAGCCUACUCUCUGGUACUGGCUGGAGGCUAUGAGGAUGAUGUGGAUGAUGGCAAUGAGUUUACCUACACUGGCUCUGGAGGUCGUGACUUAUCUGGGAACAAGAGAACUGCUGAACAAUCCUGUGACCAGACUCUCACCCACAUGAACAGGGCUCUCGCUCUCAACUGCAACGUUCCUGUCAACGACAAGAAUGGAGCCCAGGCCAAGAACUGGAAGGAAGGCAAGCCUGUUCGUGUUGUGCGCAGCUGCAAGGGUCGCAAACACAGCAAGUACAGUCCGGAGGAAGGGAACAGAUAUGACGGCAUCUAUAAGGUGGUCAAAUACUGGCCAGACAAAGGUAAAUCUGGCUUUCUGGUUUGGCGCUAUUUGCUGAAGCGUGACGAUGAGGAACCAGCACCGUGGACCAGAGACGGCAAGGAGCGCAUCAAGAAGCUUGGUCUUGUUAUGCAGUACCCAGCAGGCUACCAGAAGGAGAAGGAGAACAAAAACGAAGUGGAGGAUGAGGCUGCGACUCCCAGCAAAGCAAAGAGGAAGAGGAAAUCUCAGGGUUCUGAAACCGAAAAUACCUCACCAGCAAAGUCUACUAAAAAAGUUAAAGUGGAGGGCUACAAGCUUUCUCAGGAGCAAAAAGGUCUCAUCAAAAGUGACAACGUCAACAAGAAGCUGUGGGAUGAGGCCAUGGAGUCACUGUCACUCGGACCGAAAUUCUUGAACAAGGUGGAAGAAAUGUUCCUCUGCAUCUGCUGCCAAGAAGUUGUCUUUCAGCCAAUCACCACAGAGUGCCAACACAACGUCUGCAGGGAAUGCCUCCAGAGGUCCUUCAAAGCAGAGGUGUACACCUGCCCGGCCUGCAGACAUGACUUGGGCAAAAACUACUCCAUGGCCAUCAACAAGCCGCUGCAAGAAAUUCUUAAUCAGUUUUUCCCCGGAUACAGCAGCGGGCGAUGAUGGUCCGGUCGGCCCAGGGAGAAACUCCAUCCUAACUGUAAGGGGAAUUUUCUGUCAAGGCAACAGAAUUUGUGUUUCUCGUAAUAUAUUUUUUGACGAUCAAUCUGCAAUGCCGUGGACUUGAGUGCUACUGCCAUUCUCACCUCAGACCGUUCGUGAUGUGUCAUCAGAUGUUCUUUGCCUCCGUUUAAUACACUUUAAUUUUUUUCUUCUUAUUUUUUUAUGUGUCAUUUUGUAUCUGCCCUGAUGGAAUUCCAUCGAAGUGGCAUUUCCAAGAGAAUGUGGUCAGUUAUUUUCUCAAAAACCCGGUCAUAACAAGUUUCCUCUCCGUUUGUUUUGCACUGAUUGAUCAGCAUUUUCACUGUGGACAAACCGCCACAGCCCAACUAAAUCGAGAAGCUUGUGUUAUGUUAUGUCUUACAGGUUUGCCUGUUUUUGAGCUCUUUGGUGGCCUUUAAAAAGUGUUUGUCUUGUCUGUUUUCACACUGUUGAUGAAUUUUUGCGACAGUGAUGCUUCAGUCUCUGAAUAUUUUCUCCACAAGAAGUGUGCAUUUUCGGGUUGCUCCAGUUGUUUUCUGGAGGAACGUGUUCCUUGACUAAGGAUUCUGAAUGUUUUCUACAGGGUUUAGACUGCCCCUUUAACACAAAACUGAUCCUAGAAAUCUUUUGUACUUUUUCAACCUAAAGUUCCUUAUCUUAGUGUAAUCUACUCUUAAUAUCUUCCCAGCCAUGUUGUAUCACAUCAUGUAGAUGGAAUCGAGGCGUAUGAACACUACUCUGGAAAAUACUUUGGAGAAUUGGCAAAUGCAUUGUAACUGCUCUACUUAAGAUGUCAAGGAUAGAAAUCAGUCUGAAUCUGUGUGUUCCAAUGUUUUCUUCAUGGCAGCACUUUCAGGUUCCAAUAAAGAUUUGCGAAGUCUGGGAAAUGUAUAUUUUCAGAAUUGUAUAAAAUGUUUUUUUUUUUUUUUUUUAAUCCCACUUUUGAUAUGUAGUUUUAGGUAUUGGAAACGUUAUCAGCCUUCAGUCAAUAUUUUUACCUUGUUCAAUAAAA